UCCAAACUUAAUUACAUUACUUAAGAUCCUAAACCUGUCGGAUGAAAUUAGUUUAAUAAGAGGCACCUGGUGAGGCCCUGAGAAAAAUGUUUAUUACAGUUGUGUAUGGGGAACAAGAAGAAGCACUGUUUAACACAGACUGCAGGCUCAAGCUGCUGUUAGAUUGUAUCAACAAGCGGUGCAAGUGUGAAGUGCAAGCUGAAGUGGAUCUUUGUGAAGUAGCUGGUUAUCCAAAAUACCUUCAACAUCAGCCUCAAGAAUCUUAUGCCACAAAUUUCCUGAAACCCAGAGAAAAAUACGUCCUUAUACAGAUGGAAAAGGAAAAUGGAAGAGCAUUUUACAAACCGCUUCUAAGGGAUAAAUCUGUUAUCACGGACCAUUUUUUAGCGAGCUUGGAAAAGGAUAUGGCAAAGCGAGAAGGUAGUCGCUCACCUGGCGCCGAUAGACUGCGAUCGAAAAGAAAUUCCCUAAAACCUGGACGAGCCUGUACAUCAAGAAAGACAAAACCCAGGGCGCUCUCGAUUAAGAAGAAUUCUUAGAAAAUGCGUUCAACUUAUCCUAUGAUAGGAUGCUCUACUUCACAGCCAAUGUCCUUGAUGAAGAAGAGAUAUACCACUCGCAAAGCAAACAAAUUGAGCCCUCCUUCCCCACCCCCCCCCUCUCCCGCAUCUGACAUGAGGCAUUGCAUUGACACUGCAUAGUGUCCCAAGAGAACAUUGUCCAAAUCAACCCCUUCUAACUGGGGACUCCUAAAUGGGUUGGUCUUCUUU